ACCACCAUUCCAAAGAACAAGAGAUCAUUGAGUUCUAAAUCCAACUCCACAAAGGCUGAAACUCAAGAAAAUGUCAAGAUAAUUGAAAAUGGAGAAUCUGGGGUUGCAGAAACUGUGAAAACAAGUGAAAAAGUGGAGGCUGCAGAGGUAAUUGCACCAAAAGUUGUGGCUAAGGAAGAAGCUAAAGUUAUAACAUCUGAGAAGAAAGAAGAAAAGGUGGAAAUGGAAAAAGUGACAGAGGAGUUGAAAACAGAAGGGGUUGUUGUUGAAAAGAAAGAAGAAAAAGUUGUUGCAGAAUCUCAACCUGAGGAGAAGAAGAAUAUUGGAAAUGAAGAAACAACCCCUGUUGUUGUUGUUGCUGCUGCUGAUGUUGUAGAGAAGAAAGAAUCAGCUGAAGAGAUCAAAGCAGAAGAGAAAACUGAGGAGACCAUUAAGCCAACUGAAGAAGAGAAAGAGAAGGAAGAAGUUACUACUUCUGAGGCUAAAGAUGCUGCUAAACCAGAGACAGAGGAAAAGCCAAAAGAGGAGAAUGCAACUGAAACACCAACAACUACAGAUUCGAAAACAGAUUGAAAAUGCAUGCAUGGGAAUGUCGAAGAGGGAUGUUUACUUAGUUUAAUCCUUGUUUUUUAAAGCCUGUUCUACUUUCUAGUAUUCAGUAUACAUAUUUGUUCUGUUUUCGAAUUGGCUGAUAUACUACUCUGUUCUUCUUAUCCCUUUUCAUCAAAAUCUGCUUCUCUUCUUUAUUGUGAUGGGGAUUUCUUUCAGUCUAAGUUACAAAUACAUUGGAGAAAAUUCGUAAUUUUGU